UGAUGCAGCGCGGCGGCGUCGGGCCGGUCACAAGAUGGCGGCGGAGCGGCAGGGCAGCGGCGGGCGCGGAGGGGCGGGAAGCGGCGGAGGAGGCGGCACGGAGGAGAACAAGGAGAACGAGAGACCGGCGGUGCCGCAGGCCGGCAGCCUCGGAGACAGCCUGGGCCUGGAGAUCCUUCAGAUCGUCAAGGAGUCUCAGCAGCAGCACGGGCUGAGGCACGGGGACUUCCAGAGGUACAGGGGUUAUUGCUCCCGGAGGCUGCGGCGGCUCCGAAAAACUCUCAACUUCAAGAUGGGAAACAGACACAAGUUCACUGGGAAGAAAGUAACAGAAGAGAUUCUCUCAGACAACAGGUAUUUGCUGCUGAUCCUGAUGGAUGCAGAGAGAGCCUGGAGCUAUGCCAUGCAGCUGAAACAAGAAGCAAACACCGAGCCCCGCAAACGAUUUCACCUCCUGUCCCGGCUGCGCAAAGCUGUGAAACAUGCUGAGGAGCUGGAGAGGCUGUGUGAGAGCAACAGGGUGGAUGCUAAAACCAAGCUGGAAGCUCAGGCAUACAUGGCUUACCUCACAGGAAUGCUUCGUUUUGAGCACCAGGAGUGGAAGGCAGCAAUGGAAGCUUUCAACAAAUGCAAGACCAUCUAUGAGAAACUGGCCAAUGCCUUCACAGAGGAGCAGGCUGUGUUGUAUAACCAGCGUGUGGAAGAGAUCUCACCCAACAUUCGCUACUGUGCCUACAAUAUUGGUGACCAGUCUGCAAUGAAUGAGUUGAUGCAGAUGAGACUGAGGUCUGGUGGCACUGAAGGUCUUCUUGCAGAAAAACUGGAGGCACUGAUUACCCAGACCCGAGCAAAGCAGGCAGCCACCAUGAGUGAGGUGGAGUGGAGAGGAAGAACUGUCCCAGUGAAGAUAGACAAAGUGAGGAUCUUCCUGCUGGGGCUGGCUGACAACGAAGCAGCCAUUGCUCAGGCAGAAAAUGAGGAAACAAAGGAACGUUUGUUUGAAUCUUUACUCAGUGAGUGUAGAGAUGCCAUUCAGGCUGUUCGGGAAGAUCUGAAACCAGACCAGAAGCAGCGGGAACACUCUCUGGAAAAUGAUUCUGGGAAGGUGUCCAACAUUCAGUACUUACACAGUUAUUUGACUUACAUCAAGCUGUCAACAGCCAUCAAACGCAACGAGAGCAUGGCCAAGUCUCUGCAGAAGGCUCUGCUGCAGCAGCAGCGCUCGGAGGAGGACGGGAAGCGCACGCCGCGGCCUCAGGACCUGAUCCGUCUGUAUGAUAUCAUUUUGCAGAACCUCGUGGAGCUGACGCAGCUUCCUGGCCUAGAAGAGGACAAGAACUUCCAAAAAGAGAUUGGAUUGAAGACUCUUGUGUACAAAGCUUACAGGUGUUUCUUCAUUGCACAGUCCUAUGUCCUGGUAAAGAAAUGGAGUGAAGCUCUUGUUUUAUAUGAACGAGUGCUGAAAUAUGCCCGGGAAGUUCAGUCAGGAGCUGGAGCUUAUAGGAACAGCUUGAAGGAGCUGCCAGAUGUACAAGAUCUGAUCACUCAAGUCAAUGCAGAGAAAUAUUCCUUGCAAGCAGCAGCUAUAUUAGAUGCAAAUGAUGCUCAUGAGACUGAGUCUCCAUCUCAGGUCAAGGAUGGCAAGCCACUCUCCGAACGGUUUGAGACGUUCUGUCUGGAUCCUUCUCUUGUCAGCAAACAAGUCAGCCUCGUGCACUUCCCUCCAGGCUUCCAGCCCAUUCCAUGCAAACCCUUGUUCUUUGACCUGGCCCUUAAUCAUGUUGCUUUCCCACCUCUGGAGGACAAGGUGGAGCAGAAGGCCAAGAGUGGCCUCACAGGAUAUAUCAAGGGCAUCUUUGGAUUCAAAAGUUAACCAGGACCCCCUGAGGAACAGAGGUUUUAUUCUGUAUUGAAGGAAAAGCUCCAAGAGGUUUUAGGACACAAAUACCUGCACCUGAAACCUACAGAGGGAAGUUUUACCAUCUUCUUCUCUGUGUUCUGUGUAUAUGUCUGUGCACUUACAUUCUCACCCAGUGUAUUGAAGACAAACAAUCUAUUCAGAAAUACACAUGCACUAUAAAUAGCUGAAAAUAAUCUGGAGCACAGAGAAAAUUCCAUUCUGCUUGGAGAAGUUGGAACUUGCUUGCGACCAGUGUUCAGAGUUGGUAUGCAUCUACUUACCAUGGACCAGAGCAUAGGUAUAAUCUGAUCAUCUGAUCCCUCCCCCUGCCCCAUUAUUGACAUUUUGGUAUUUUGGUCUAGCAGCCUGGGUGUGAUGUGGAAACAGAGGCCAAAGUAGAUGCAGAACUAAACCAGCAAGGUGAACUUAACCAGCUGCCUACACAAAGGCUAUGAAACAGUAGCCAUGGGGGCUAACUUCUCCUUCCCUUUUGGCUCCCAGAAGUCUCUGUCUUUUUUUACAAAAUGUAACCUUCAGACAUGACAAAAUGGAGCCUCUUUCCUUAUCAAUUGAGGAUGGCAAAUACCAAAUGUUAAUGGUUACCCCAGUUGUGGUGGAGUAUGACCUGAAUUUGUACUCUGGGCCAACAGGAUCCUUCUUUAUUGAUACAGAUUUUGUUAAGUACCUGAAUACAGUAUAGAACCUAUUCCUGCAAGGCUUUUCCUGGGAAACUGGCUUCAUGGGUGGCUUUAGAAAUAGCAACUUGCUGUUCAUGGGAAGUUGGGUGUCUCAGUGUUUGUUUUGUCUCUGAUCUAAAACUUGCCUGAAAACAAGAUCAUCUUUUCCUGGUGUUCAUCUGUUGCUUCUUUUUUUCCUCAUGCUUGGACAGUAGAUAGGCCUGAAAUGAGGAACAAGCAACAGGAGAACAGUAAGUUCUUGAGUAGUAGAUUUUCUCUGCCAUGCCAUACAGCUUCCUUUUUUAUAAAGCACCCAGGUGCUGUGGUGACAGGCACUUCAAAAUGCGGGUGAUUUCAUUACCAUAAUCACUGAAACAGGAAAAAAAAACCCCACAGCACAUGGGCAGAACUGUUCCUAAAUAAAAGAUUUGGAAGUUUCCACCAGCAGUGUUUGGAUUUUCCCUGGGUCUCUAGCUGGAAGGUGAAAGAGCAGCUGAUUCUGGCUGCCUUAACUCUUCUGCACUGGUUGUCUUGAAUUUGUUUCUCUCUUUUUAGGCAUUGGAGUUAAGAGGGAUGGAAACAGAAGAACUGUUUUAAGUGAUCAGAUUGUUGUUGUCAUGGGAAUUUUCCAUGCAAGGUGCAUGUCAGAUGAAUGGGGGUGGGAAUUAACAAUUCCCAUUAUUUUUAUGUGAAUGUUUACUUCUUUGUUCCAAGUUGAUCUGCUUUCUGAGUUCUCAGAGUACAAAGCAGCUUUCAAGAGGACUCUGUGCUCAGGAAGAGGUAAGAGAGAGAUGACCUCCUUGUUUGUGUUGCAUUUUUGCAACAUGGAAACCAAGUGGGAGUUCCUGGUGUUCUAGCUAGUUCUGUGUGCCCCUGGAUGCCAGGGGGAUUUUACAAGAGAAAGGGAAAGUGCAGCUGAAAGAAAUGUGGAAAACUCUUCAUCAGAUGACACUUUCUAGGAAAUGUGAAUGGCAUUUUCCUUCCCCAUAAAGCCUGUUUCCUUUUGGACAAGGAGAAGUCAUGUAAUCAGUAACCAGUGCAGGCCUCAGCUGGUUGAUCUGCUUCCUGGUACCUCUUUCUGCAUACAUUCACCUGAGCUUCUCUCUCCUUUUCAGCUUUUAUAUCAAAUCCCUUUGAGAACUGUUGUGUUUGGUUUGCAAGCCAAACUCCUUUCUGCUUUCCUGCCACAAAUCUACCUGGUGCCUGGAUUGAUUCCAGUGAAACUUGUACUGCAGCCACUGGCUAAUGGGUUACUGUUACAAACAGCUAAGAGCAAUCGACCUCUUUAUGUUAAACAUCUUUUGAAAGAUAACUGAUUAGUUGAACGCAGAUAAGAAAUCUGAAAAGAAUAAAGUUUUAUU